CCGUUUGAUUACGCGUACUGUGUGUGACGUAUUAGCCACGCUAGUGGUGUUGUUAUGAAAUCAUGUUUGCAAGAAGUUAGUGUUUUUAACAGUUCAUGGGUGUAAAUAAAAAUAAAUUGUCCCGCUGCAUUCUGUGUGCUAUUGUUAUUGGAUCGUUGGUCGUUUACUGUCUCCGAUUACAGUCGCUGUCAAACUCCACAGGAUCUAUGCCUGAACAAACACUGGAAUAUUUCCUCAACAAAGGGAAGAUACAAAGAAAAGAUGCUGCUGAUAUCGAGUGGUGUCACGCGGCAAACAGCAAGAGCAAACUCACCGAUGCUCUUCAAAGUUCAGCACAGAUGAUUGAAGCUGAUGUUCUUCUCAGGGGUCGUGAUCCAAAAGAGCCCAUUAUGGCACACCCACCUGAUAACGACAGUGAUAUAACCCUGAAGGAAUGGCUUAAAGAGGUUGUGAAAUCUGACAAAGGAAUAAAAUUAGACUUUAAAAGUCUUGCAGCAGUCUCCCCAUCCAUGACUCUACUGGAAGAAAUUCGAGAUCAGUUGCAGAGACCAGUGUGGAUCAAUGCUGACAUUCUUCCUGGUCCUGGUGGUAAAGCCACCCCCUUGGACCCUAAGGCCUUUCUACAGGAAGUAUCACAGAAGUCAGAUGAUGUUCUCUCUUUGGGUUGGACCACUGGAUGGGAUGCAGAUGUAGAUAACCCUGGUUACAGUUGGGAGAUGGUUCAUCAGAUGGAAGACCUGUGCAGAUCCCUAAAGCAACCAGUCACAUUCCCAGUCCGAGCAGCCCUACUUCAUGUGUCCUUCCCGCAGAUCAAGUGGCUUUUAGAGCAGUCAGACCGGUACAGCCUGACUGUAUGGACAGGCAACAAUGAUGUUCUCAAAGUCGAGGAUCUGCUGCCUUAUAGACAAAACUUCAGCAAAACCAGGAUUUACUACGAUCUGUUAGAGUCUCAAAUUACACAGUUUAAAGGACUAACUGGCUACUAAAUAAAAGCAAUUACAUUCCACUGAGAUUGACAUUAAAGGGCUCAUGAACUGAGAAUUCAAAUUCUCCUUGAUCUUGACUGUAAGAGGUAGAAAGAAAAAUGUCAUACUUCCUUUUCAAAAACAGCUUUUAUAUAUCUUAGGUCAGAAUGUGUGAUGACCGCCUCUGCCGGAGAAAAUCCAAUCUGCAGUUACCUCCAGGUUUUCCGUGCGGCACACCCA